AUGGGGUUUCUCGGCCGACUGUCAUUGAGUUUUCACCUGGCUCUCCUCCUCGUCGUUCUCGUUGUGGCAUCGGUGGACGACCCUAGCCUCGCCGAUGGUGGGAUGCUCAUUGACCCCAAGCCUUCACCAAAGCCGAUACCAAAGCCAUACCCGAAGCCAACACCUAAACCAAAUCCAAAGCCCACCACACCUGCAAAGCCCGAGCCCCACCCAACUCCAGACCACGAUGCAAAGCCGAAGCCCAAGCCCAAGCCUACGAUGCCAGAGCCUAAACCCCAGCCAGGACCGUCCAAGCCAAAGCCGCCACUAUACUCUGACGAUGUCGUGUCUGACAAGGCAAACCCAAAGCCCAACCCACAACCAAAGCCCAAGACCACCCCAGCAAACCCAGAUCCCAAGCCAACGCCUAAGCCGCAUCCAAACCCAAACCCUAAGCCAGGACCAUCCAAGCCGAAGCCACCAGUAGAGGAUGUUGGGUCCGACAAAGCAAACCCAAAGCCUGAACCACAACCAAAGCCCAAGACCACACCAACAAAGCCGGAUCCCAAGCCAACCCCCAAGCCAAUGCCUAAGCCGCAGCCAAAUCCCAACCCUCAGCCAGGACCAUCCAAGCCAAAGCCAUCACCCAACCCACAACCGAAGCCCAAGGCCAUCCCAGCAAAACCGGAUCCCAAGCCGACCCCCAAGCCAACCCCUAAGCCACAACCGAACCCAAACCCUCAGCCGGGACCGUCCAAGCCAAAGCCACCGGUAGAGGAUGUUGAGUCCGAUAAGGCCACCCCAAAGCUUGAACCACAACCCAAGCCCAAGACCACCCCAGCAAAGCCGGAACCCAAGCCAACGCCUAAACCGCAACCAAACCCCAACCCUCAGCCCGGACCAUCCAAGUCGAAGCCGUCGGUGUAUGCACGUCGCGUUGGCUCCGGCGAGCCCCUCAACUGA